AAGCUGGCCAAAACAUGGCGUUUUGUGUCAAAAACAACACAUUUGUGCAGAAAUGUCAAUUUUGAGUAACCUUCCUCAGGAAAGGCUUUUUCAGAUUCGUCAUCUUACGAAUGGUCAAAACCAGAGCAAUUGGAAUAUUUGCAGGAGAGCUGUUUUAACAAUGAGGAAUAUAGGCUAUAGAGGUGUUCUUGCAUCUCAGGUGAUUAUCCUGCCUCUUGGAUCACUGAACUUUGUGGAAUAACAUGGUAAAUACUCUGUGAAAAUACCCGAUUCUAACUGGCUUUUCUUUUUGCUGGACCUCCUGUUGCCUCUUAAAAGAAGAAAAAAUGACAGAUGAUCAAAAAGAAACAGCAGGAAGUAGUGGGAUUUUUAGAGGCCAAUAAGAUUGACUUUCAGCAAAUGGACAUAGCAGGUGAUGAGGACAACAGGAAAUGGAUGAGAGAGAAUGUCCCAGGUGAAAAAAAGCCUCAAAAUGGAAUUCCUCUCCCUCCACAGAUCUUCAAUGAGGAGCGGUACUGUGGGGACUUUGAAUCCUUUUUCUCUGCUAAAGAAGAAAAUAUUAUUUAUUCAUUCCUGGGUCUUGCUCCUCCUCCAGGCACAAAGGAAACUGAAAAGUCUGAUACCACUAAUGAAGCUGUGGCACACACGGAAGACAGUGCAAAUGAAGGGACUCAUGAAGAGUCUCAGUCUGCUCAGUCACCAUCAGAAGAUCAACAGGAAAACAAGGAAGAAGAUGCAGCAACAGGGGAGGAAGAAAAGCAAGAAGAAGAAAAGCAAGAAGAAGGAGAAGAAAAGGAAGAGGUGGAGGAGCAAGAAGAGUCUUAGUACACUUCCUUAUGACACAUUCUUUCUUGAACAGGUUUUCAGGAAGCACAAACUGGAGCAGCCCUACCAAAGAAAAAAUCACCCUCUCAAGCAAACUGUCACUACCUUUCACACCUGUAUACAUGUGAACAUAUAAAUAUGUAGCAGCAAAGAUGCCACCCUAUCCUACCUGCGGCCUUUAUAUAUAUAUUUGGUAUUACAAUUGCUUGUUAAAAUGGGUCUUCUUAUAUCUGACUGAUGAUAUUUCAGUUGAUUGUUAUAUGUUGGAAUAGAAUUGUCCUUGUCAUAUUUUAGAUUGUAAGCUCCUCAGGGCAAGAACCAUGUCUUUCUCCAUGUUUAUGUACUGCCAAACACACUGCUGCCACUCAGCAGAUAACUGCACUCACACAAGUGAUGUUGUAUUCAGAGAAAAUGAAAUUCAGCACUGAAAACUACAGAGGCUUCCUGCAUGCAACCUAUGAGUCACUUCUUCCCCAACUGACUUUUGAAAAUGAUUAAGAUUUCCAUUGUACAGCAGUUUAAAUAAAUAUUUUCUGUCACAUCUA